AACCAAAACCAAAAAUAGGAUGGCUGUACCAAACAUAUUAUCCAUCUCCAGCAACACCGAGCACCCACAUUACAAUUUCCAAAGCCUCUUCCUUUCGGCAGUCAAUCGAAUUAUACAAAAAUUCUGACGAAAUGGAGCGAGGCAAAGAGCAAGGGUUGAUGGUGCCCAGGUUGAUGCCGCAGCAAAACCCUCUGGAACAAUUGCAAGCCAAGUUCAAGGAAGUAGAGAACGGGUUCAGGACAUGGCUAGCCAAGCAGUCCAUGCCAGUCGAGGCGGCUGUGGUUACCGGCACCAGCGCGGCUCAGGGUGCUGCUAUCGGGGCUUUCAUGGGUACCCUCACCAACGAUAUCUCCUCCUCUCUUCCAACUCCUCAGUCUUCCCUCAAUCCUCAAGCGAUGGCUUCUCUCCAGCAAGCCCAGGCUCUAUCAGGAGGUCCCUUGGUACAAGCUCGAAAUUUUGCAGUGAUGACGGGUGUCAAUGCUGGCAUAUCUUGUGUUAUGAGAAGAUUGAGAGGCAAGGAGGAUGUCCAAUCUAGCAUGGUUGCAGCUUUUGGUUCUGGGGCCAUGUUUUCAUUGGUGAGUGGCAUAGGUGGCCCAAAUCAGGCUGCAAAUGCAGUCAGUUCUGGACUUUUUUUUGCACUUGUUCAAGGCGGGCUUUUCCAGUUAGGGAAAAAGUUUUCUCAACCUCCUGCUGAGGAUCCAUACUAUUCCAGAACAAGAUCCAUGUUAAAUAGUCUUGGCCUCCAGAACUAUGAGAAGAAUUUCAAGAAAGGCUUGUUAACAGAUAGCACAUUGCCUUUGCUCACUGAUAGUGCUCUUAGAGAUGUGAAAAUACCCCCUGGGCCCAGGCUCCUUAUUCUUGAUCAUAUUCAGAGGGACCCAGAAUUGAGAGAGAAACUAGGAAGCCGUGGGUGAAUUCCAUUUUGUCUCUGAUGUCCUUAACAUCAAAUUUCGAUAAGCAUGCUUGUUUAGAAUUCUUUAAACAGUUUGCUGUAGCUUUAAUUUUUCAAGUAGUUUCAGUUGUUGUUAUAUUAAACCUCGGAUGAAGAUGCUAGACUCAUGAGCUUAAAUGCAGUAAUUUUGGUAUUUGCCUCUC